AUCGAAUCCAGGCCUUCGACCCAUUACGUUCGAACCCAUUUACAGGCCCAAGAGAUGACCGUUAUGUUUCCCGCGUAGAACAACCUUUUGUAUCAACUGCUUGGACAGUUGAAGCCAAAAAAACCAUAUAAAGAAAGAACCAAAGCUCCAUUUUCUUACCAUCUACUCUCGAACUCAAAGAUCUUCUUUUUGUUUUUCUUCUCAACAAAGCAAUGGUUUUGAAAAUGGAAUACGACCCUAUCAAUCCACUUCCACUGGAAGAAGAUGGAGGUCCGGAGAACUACUUGGAGGUCGAAACUUUGUCCAUGGCGACUAAAAAUUACGUCGAGAGCCCAAUCUUGAGCAUUUAUCGACAAAGAGCUGUAAUGGUAGCCUAUAAAUACUCCAGAUGUGAAAACUUUGAUCCAGUCAUUCCCUAUCUUGCUAUGAAUUACUUUGAUCGUUACCUGUCAGCGACUCCUGUUAUCAAGGCUGUAACGAAUACUGGUCAACGAGAUCUCGAACUCCUUGCACUCUGUUGCCUUACACUUGCUUGGAAGAUGAGAGACCCCAGUUUCUUUCUUACCGAGUAUCUUGAUGAGCAUCCAGAAAUUAAUGUUGUUACACAUGGACAAAUCCUCACUAUGGAGCUUUACAUUGUCAAGGGAAUUGAUUGGCAUCUUCGUCCUGUAACACCCUUAUGCUAUGUUCCUCACUUGGAAGGAAAGUUAAACACAAUCUAUGGCUUUCGACGUAGCACUAUUAAUCAGAUCAUUAUACAAUCAGAACGCAGCGUCCGAGUAAGGCUAUGUAGGCCUUCAGUUGUUGCAGCAUCAGCCUUUCUUGCAGCUUCAUCAUUUCUCUAUCCCUCACAAUUUUCUGGCUUUGUGAAUCAAAUGAGUUCAGAUACAUUCUAUGGAUUGUUUCAGGAGGACAUUGAAGCGUGCACCAAUGCUAUGAUUGAUGUUUGCAAAGAGUUGAAGCUAUGGAUUGAAAGUGCAAUCCAAAAGGGCCAGUUCCGUCCAAGAAGGAAGAUACGAGCUGGAGUUGCAUCUCAAGAAUUCAUUGAAAUAUCUGAAAAUAUUGAUACUUCUGGAAGAUUGAAACAAGUGGCUGCUGAACCAUCUCAUGAAGUUAGCUCUGGAACAUCUAAAGAAGGGACUUCGAAACUAUUACCUGAACAAGUGGUUGAUGAACCAUCUCAUGAAGUUAGCUCUGGAAAAUCUGAAGACGCGACUUCGAAAUUAUUACCUGAACAAGUGGCUGCGGAACCAUCUGAAGAAGCUGGUGCCGAAAAGUCUAAAGAAGUGGCUGAUGAACUGUCUCAAGAAGCUGAUCCCGGAAAAUCUGAAAACGUGGCUUCUGAAUUAUUACCCGAACGAGUGUCUGAUGAACGGUCUCAAGAAGGUGAUGCCAGAAAAUCUAAAAAAGUUACUUUUAUAUUACCUGGACAAGUGGCAGCUGAACCAUCACAAGAAGAUAGUCCCGGGAAAUCUAAAGAAGUGACUUCUGAAUUACCUGAAGAUGUGGCUAACAAACCAUCUGAGGAAGCUGGUGCCGGGAAAUCUGAAGGGACUGUUGAAUUGCCUGAACAAGUAGCUGCAAAAACUUUUGAUAAGUCUGAGACAGAGGUUGUUCAAACAUCUGAGAUGUCUGAGCUACAGCAUGCUGAAACUUCUGAGAAGUCUAAACAUGAUGGUGCUGGAACAUCUAAAGAAGCUGCAGAAACAUCCAUUGGAGUGGCAUCGAAUUAUGGUGAGAAAAGCUCACAGAGACCAGGGAAAGAGAAGGUGGAAGAGGCAGAGUUGGUAGUGUUUCCACAGACGGUAGUUGAAAGCUAUGAGAUGCAGUUUAACUUUCCAGUUAGGUGGGAAAUAGAAGAGAGAUUCGUAGUUGCGGAUGAUGAUGAUGAUAUUGAUGAUGCUUUUCUCAUAUUCUCUCCUACGCUUGACAUAUUGGCUCCAGUGGCCCCUCAGCAGAAUGUAGAACCUCCAAUACAAGAUGAAGAAGUUCAGCCGAAUGGUCCAUUUCAAGAAUUCUGUGGCUUCUGCUGCAAAUGCUGUUGUGAUUGCUGCAAGCUUUUGUAAUGUCCCUAUAAGUAGUAGAAUUUUUCAUACAGAGAGACAAAGAUAAUUCUUGUGGAGAAGAGUAAAAACACGAAAUAACUGAAAGUGAAAGUUAAUAAUAACAUUGUAGCUAUGGAUAAAAUGCAUUCAAUGAACACCAAAUGUAUAUGGUUUUUACUUUUACCUUUUUUUUUAGGUAAAUGAUUUUAAGCUUUUACCAAAA